AUGUUCACCUUAGCCCUGGUCGCGGAUGACAUACCUAUUCGGCCAGAGGACUUCCGCGACGAUCACCGAGAUAGACUCAAAAGGCAGAUUCAGCUGCGCUUUGUGGACCGCGUGCUGCCCAAUGUGGGCCUCUGCAUCGAGUUCUACAACUUCGUGAGCAUCAAGGAUGCCAUUAUCUAUCCCGGUGAUGGCCAGCAGUCGUGCGGCGAAGCCUCCGUCAAGGUGGAGUUCAACUUGAUUGUGUUCCAACCGCUCCUUGAUGAGUGGCUUGUUGGCUGCAUCGACUCCUCCACAACACGUGGCAUCACAGUUUCCCUGGGAUUCUUUCAGGACGUGGAGAUUCCAUCCGCGAAUUUACGCACACCAUACACCUUUGACGAGGUGCAUGGUACGUGGGUUUGGCUUUACCACGACGAGGAGAGCAAAGAGACAACGAAUUUCUUUUACGAGAAGGGCGAACUCAUUCGCUUUCGCGUCACAGCCAUCAACUUUCCGGAUGCCUCAUGGCCAAAGGAGCGGAGGCUGCGCCAGCCGAUGUCCAUCAUCGGGGCGGUUGAUCGCGAUGGACUGGGGCUGCUAAGCUGGUGGCCCCAUUGA